AUGAAAUCAAAAACAAUCACAACCGACGUAAAUGUUCCGAAAAAUGCCUCAGAAGACCGGAAGUUUUGGUCUGACCUAAUUUUAGAGGAAGCCAAGCAGUUUUGUUUGAAUACCGCUUUGCACGGAUACAGAUUUAUCGUGUUGCCUAAGAGAAUCCUUUUGGAAAGGGUCAUUUGGGCGGUCAUAUGUCUGGCGUCCCUGAUUUCUGCUUUGACCCUCCUCUGCAUAGCUUGGUUCAGCUUCCAAGAACACCCCACUGUGUCCGUGACGGAUUCGACCCACAACCCCAUCUGGAACUAUGAUUUCCCGGCGGUAACAGUUUGUAAUUUAAAUAAAAUAUCCAGAAAGAAGGCAUUUCAGCUGGCCAGAAAUUUGAGCGUUACAAACGGCAAAAAUCCAGAAGAACUAGCAUGGAACAUCCGCGUCCUUUUCCAACUGAUUAACAACGACAAUCCCGAUAUCCCCGCGGAGAACUACACGAUUCUCAGCAGGCUGCUAAAAGACAGCCACGUCGAUGUCGACGAGGCGCUACGUGUGCUUGCGCCGACAUGCAAGGAAAUGCUACUGCGCUGCCAGUGGAAGGGAGAGGAAAGGAGAUGCGAGAGCAUCUUUGAGCAGAUCAGGACGUCGGAAGGAUUUUGUUGUUCUUUUAAUUACUUCGCCCUGAAGAAUCACUCGUUCACGGGGAUAUUUGCAAGUAAGGCCCCCAAGGCACCCAGGAGGGUGUCAGCUUGCGGAUAUCAAACUGGACUAGAGAUAGUGGUAAAUAAUGAUCCGGAAGAUUAUUUCGCCACGCACAUACCUUCAAUUGGUUACAGGAUUUUCAUCGACAAUCCUUAUUACUAUCCCAACGACUACUUGCAGAACGUGCUAAUCAGCAUGAGGAGCACAAAUCUGAUCGGAGUAGACCCACAAUUCACGUACUCGACAGAAUCCUUAAGGUACUUGCCGACGUCCGUACGACAUUGUAUCUUUCCCGAGGAAAGAGCACUUCUUACCUACGAGUACAACUACCACAACUGCGUGGAGGAGUGCAAAAUGAACAUGACCAUCAAGUACUGCGGAUGCGUACCUUUUAAGUAUCUACACCUGAAAGGGGAUAAUCAGGUGGUAUGCUCACUCGAAGACAUAUCAUGUUUGGCAGAGUAUCGACCUUCAAUCGAGAUUUCUACGCAGAGCCACAACUUUUCUACGACGGACGCGCAAGGCGGUUACGUGUGGGAUAGAACCAAGUGCUCUUGCUUGCCCGACUGCGCAAUUACAGACUACACGACUGAGAAAUCAUCAGGGGUAUUGAGACGGCUAAAUUCCAUCAACGACCUCACGCUUUUCGGCGGUUAUCAGAUCGCGAACCAGAGCGUGGUGAGGGUGUUCUUUAACGAUUUAGUCGCCAAAAAAAUUAGAUGGGACGUCGUGUUCAACUGGCAUACCUUGUUGGCAUACUAUGGGGGGUUACUGGGAUUGUUCGUCGGGUUUAGCUUCGUAUCUGGAUUAGAAAUAAUCUACUUCUUCACGGUAAGACUGUUCACAGAUGCCACCAAGAAAAUAAAGACUCAAACAAAACCGAAGAAGCGAGGACGCAGGUCAAAAAUAAUAGUACAUCCAGUGACGUACCAAAACUUAGAUCCCACAAGAUUGAUAAUUCCAAGCGAUAUUGAAAUCCAAAGGUACAAGACGAAUGCUUACUUUUUCAACUAG